ACUUUCACCGUACUUCCAUAGGUCGAUCGAAAGAGCAAGGAAUCCAGCAGCCACAAUGGGAGCACCAAAGACCAUCAUUUGCGAAUACUCCUCGUCAGACCCGACCAAGGACUUUGAAGUUCACAAUCCAGCUACAGGCGCCGUAAUCGCAACCGUACGCGCCGGUGACAAGAGCACCUUGGACAAGGCUGUUCAGGUCGCCCACGUCGCCUUCAAAGAAUGGAAAAAGACGCCACUCACACGGCGCUCGCAGCUUCUCUUCCAGUGCGCCGACGCGGUCGAAAAGCAUGUUGAUGAGCUCGCCGAACUGUUGUGCUCAGAGAAUGGCAAGCUCGUUUCCGAUGCGCGCAUGGUGGACGUCAACUUUGUCAGCGCCGUUUAUCGAUACUUUGGCUCGCUCGUCGACAAGCUCCCGGGCGAGUUCUACGACUCGGGCUCCGUGUACCGCUCCGUGACCCGCGAGCCGCACGGCGUGUGCGGCGGCAUCCUGCCCUUCAACUGGCCGCCCAUCCACACGGCCGGCAAGAGCGCGCCCUGCAUUGCCAUGGGCAACACCAUCAUCAUCAAGCCCGGCGAGCAGGCGCCGCUGACCUCGAUGCACAUCAUCGACAUCCUCAACACGGUGCUGCCGCGGGGCGUGGUGCAGUACGUGCCGGGGCUCGGGCCGGAGGUGCCCCAGGCGCUGACGGCCCACCCGCUGGUGAAGAUGGUGUCAAUCACCGGGUCCACGAGCGCGGGCGCUGCCGUGGUGAGGACGGCGGCGGCUCUCGUCAAGCCGACCGUGCUCGAGCUCGGCGGCAAGAACGCUCUGGUCGUGUUCCCCGACGCCGACCUACAUCGCGCCGCGCGAGACGCGCUCGAAGGCGCGUUCUUCAACAAGGGCGAGGCGUGUACGGCGACAUCGCGGCUGCUCAUCCAUCGCGACGUGCACGACGCGUUUGUGGCCAAGCUCGCCGCGGCGGUGCGGCAGCUGCGCGCCGGCAACGGCAUGAAGAAAGGCACGCACCUGGGGCCGUGCAUCACCCAGGCCCAGAAGGACCGCGUGAUGGAGUAUAUCCGCAUCGGCGAGGAGGAAGGUGCCACGAUUGCAGCACAGGGGAAGCUCCCAGACGAUCCGGAGGAGAAGGACGGCUACUUUGUCCCGCCGACCCUGUUUACCAACGUCACGCGCGCCAUGCGCAUUGCGCAGGAGGAGAUCUUUGGCCCGGUCGUGACGGUAUGCAAGUUUGACAGCGAGGAGGAGGCAGUCUCCAUCAUCAAUGAAGUGCGAUGGGGGCUGACCUGUGCCAUUUACUCUGGCAACCAGGAGCUCGCGCUCCGCAUGUGCAGACAGGUCGAUGUGGGCAUGACAUUUAUCAACAACUACUUCCGCAACACCCUUGGGAUCCCGUUUGGAGGCGUGAAAGAGACGGGCUACGGGAGGGAGCACUGCAUCGAGGCAAUGAAGGACUGGUCGACGGCAAAGGUGAUCCAGAUGCCGUCCGGGCUGGCUCCGGUCCCAUCGUGGCCUCCGGUCAAUGAGCUGUUGCCAUAAAUGGUCGUGAUGGUUUCUUGAUUACAGUGCACGGGUAGAUAGGUUUGAUUUGAAGUUCGGCUUCAACGGCGCGAUCCGGGCGUGCAUCUGUAGAUUGUACUCAACGUACUUAAGUACCAAACGAGACUAUUAAGUAUAGAACCGGCCAGCCUCUAAUAAGGCACUUGCCAAAUACAAAGUCAGUAUAAUACAACAGAGAUCUCCAAGCAAGACUUUGUUAGCUGCCAUAGACGGGAUUCUCCUCUUUAGGUUAGCUCAGCUGCAGAGGCAUACUUGCCUUAGAUAAUAGAAAGAAG